UUUAAAAAAGGUGUAAAUCUUUUGCAAACGACCAGCACGGCAAAGGAAAAAGCAAAAGGACUGAAAAAGCACGCCUUUAUGCAAGCCUCAGCAUACAUUUUCGCCAUUGUUGGCUUCAGUUUCAUAGUGUAUAACAAAGCGAUGAUGCAUAAGGAACACUUUACAUCAAACCACGGCAAAUUCGGUCUGACGGUCUUCUGCUACCUGUUUUUCCAAUUAUUGUUUGGCUUGACGAUCGCUUACAUUCCUAGGCUGUAUGGCAAUGUUACCAAGGCAAAGCAACUAUGGAAAUUCCACCGUAUGACCGGAUAUAUCUUGCUCGUACUCAUCUGGAUCACUGCCCAACUGGGUGUCCGAGCGGAUUACAUGUACAAAAACCUAUGGUCACCCAAGCUCAUCAUCGGCCAUUAUAUUGCCUUGGCGCUUGUCGUGAUUGGCAUUGCCGGUCGCGUACGCCUUUCAAAAUGGGGAUUGUCAUCAUCAACAUCACCACCAGCAGCACUACCUCAACAAGCUGAGGUGUCACGAAACUAG